AUUAAAAGUAAACCUCUAGAGCAGCUGUAACCGUUAGCUUAGCUGCUAAUUUAAUUUAACGUGAAUAAAUAAACAAACAGGUCCUGGUUCAUGAAUCUGUCUGACGGUGACGGUUUGGUCGGUAAAAGUUGCUCUCGGUCGCGCUGUAGUGAAUAAAACCGCUAACAGGUUAUUUAUAUACGUUAGCUUAGCAUAGUCAUGUUGACCGAGUGAGUUGACCAUGCUAAACACAGCUCGGUGUGUCUGAUACACGCUUUAUAACCUUUAAAUCGGAUUAUUUAGAUUAUUAAAGUGAAUAUAAUCAUUAAAAUUAAUGUAGUGAGAGAUGACAACCGAGACCUGCGUGAAAGACAUCAAACCCGGACUGAAGAAUUUAAAUGUCAUCUUUAUCGUCCUGGAAACAGGAAGAGUUACUAAAACCAAGGACGGCCAUGAGGUUCGGACCUGUAAGGUAGCCGAUAAGACGGGCAGCAUCAGCAUAUCGGUGUGGGACGAGGUCGGUGCGCUCAUUCAGACCGGAGACAUCCUCCGACUGACCAAGGGGUAUGCAUCGGUUUUUAAAGGCUGUCUGACUCUGUACACGGGACAAGGAGGAGAGCUGCAGAAGAUCGGAGAGUUCUGCAUGGUGUACUCUGAAGUGCCGAACUUCAGCGAGCCGAACCCAGAUUAUUUGGCUGUAAUGAACAAGACGGGGCUGAACGACCAAGGAAACAACGGUUCGUCCAGCACGGCGGGUAACGACGGCACUAACGGUAACGGAGUGAACUGCGCCAGUGCGAGCGGCGCCGGUGCGCAGCAGAGCGGCCGGGCGAACGUCGGGAACGGUAACAGGACCGCGUCCGCCGCCGGGAGCGCGGUCAGUAACGGUAAAGAGACGCGACGGUCGGCUAAAAGAUGAUCCGAACUGCGAGUCUCACCAGGACGUGGAGGCUCUGAGAAACCGAAUUAAUGACUGUGAUGACUGGGACCAACGUGGAAAACAAUUAUUUGGAUGGGCGUGUCUGCGGGACGGGAGGUCGGAUGGGGUUUCUCCUCAUUGCUGGUGAAACAGAGACUCCUGUUGUAGCAUGAAGGGACUUGUAAUAGGGAACUGGACAUGAUUAAAUUGGGUAAAAACAGGCAGACAUUUGCUUUAACGUUUGCUUUAAGAUAAAGAUUAUAUAAUUUCUAAAAUGAUCAAAAGGCUCAGAUAUAUAUAAAAUAUAGGUUUUACAGUUUUAUACCAGGUUUAUUCAACAUGUUAGGCUUCAGUUGCAAAACAAAUUGUCAAUACUAAUUUCUAUGGGUUGCCAGAUCGAUUUAAAACCUGUAAUGGAAAUUCCACCAGGAUUUAAAUAACUUUAAUCUGGCAACCCUAACAAGUCCAUGGAAGUAAGACAUCGUUGUUUAAUGUUUAUGUUACAAUAAACACCACUAAGUCCUCUCUCAAA